AUGAGUGCGACGGAAGUUUUCUACUACCAUCAACAAAGUUAUCCGGCGUACUGCGGACAUCAAGCGGAUCCACAGCAACAGUUGCACAACUUUCCGAACUCCUUCGGCCAUGGAAACGUGGAUGGAUACUUCACCGGAGCCGGGUGGUUCUAUCCUCCGGUGGAAGCGAGCAGUGACGAGUACGACCCCUGUGCGAAUGGGGACAUUUUCCCGCCCAGCCCACAGUCGACCGGUGGCGAAAGUGUCGAAAGCAUCGCCACGCCCGACAGCUACUCAACGGUCGAGGUCCGUUUGAAUACGCCGGUCAGCACAACGUCGGACGGAGCUAGCACCUCCGACAGUGAUAUCCAGAGUCCUGCCGAUCCGCUGCCGAAGGUGACGAAGGGGAAAGGCAAACGGGGUGGCGCCGUGCCGACGGUGGUGCGACGGAAGCGACGCCUGGCGGCCAACGCGCGCGAACGGAAGCGGAUGCAGGGGCUGAACGAGGCGUUCGAUCGGUUGCGCCAGUAUCUGCCCUCGCUCGGCAACGAUCGACAGUUUUCCAAGCACGAAACGCUGCAAAUGGCUCAGUCGUACAUCGGUGCGCUGGUGGAGCUGCUGGAUUAA